UCUCUCUCUUCAUCCAUGGAAGUUAACCUCUCUCUCAACCGCCACCGCGCCCUCUCUCUCACCUCCCACGCUCCCUCCCUCUCCGCCCUCCGCUCGCACUUCCUCGCCUCCACUCACUCUCUCCGUCUUCCUCCCUCGCCACCCUCCCUUCGCUCCCGGAACAAACGCACCACCAGCCGUAACUUAGGUCUCCUCCGCUUCCACUCUCCGCGCUUCGUCUUCAAGGCCUCCUUCCAUUCCCACUCCGUCGUCGUCCUCGUCAUCGUCGUCACUCUAUCCGCCGUUUCCUGGCUCCACUUCACUCUCACCAAGAAAAAAAACAAGUCUCUUAACCAGACACGGGGGCUUACGAAUUUCGCAUUAUCGCCUCAGGGAACUAAUGUUGGGAGUCAGGUCAUUGAUGGCGAGAUUCUUGGUUUUACGGAAUUUCAAAGGGAUAACACGCUGACUGAGAUUGGGAAGUUGAAGGAUCACCAUGGGGAAGAGUACCGGGUCUUUGAGGAAAACGAGAUCCACCUCCCGUUUUUGAAAUCUUCAGUGGUACAAGAAGUGGCCAUCGCCACCGAGACUUCAGAGUCAUCUUCUGUUUUUGACUCUGGUUUGAAUAAUAAUAAUAAUAAUAGUAAUAGUUCCAAGGUAUUGGAUGAGUCUUUUUUAUCUGUAGCUUUCUCGUCAACUUCGUUACCACCUCUAGAGUUUGCUGAGGAAAUGGCUAUACAAGUGGAAGAAAGUCAAGAUGAAGUUAACUCUGAUCCCGAGUUGCCUUUAAUUGACGUCGAAUCCGAGCAUACUUCUUCAUCUGUUCGCGUAAACAACGCACUGGAGACUGUUGGUGGACAUACUAAAGAAAAGGUUGAGCUUGGUGCCAUCAAUGGUGACGUCCUUUUUGGGGAGUCAGUUAGGGAAGGGCUGUACAUGUUUUAUGAGGUUAACAAGCCUACAACUGGAUCUAUGACACCGUUGAGUGGUGUAAAGUCAUUAUCUCCCCGUGUCUCUUUUAUGAAUAAAAAACGCUCGCCCUCAGUGAUGGGAAAUGCCACACUGAAAGGAACAGGGUUAUCUACAGAUAUUCCUCUACAAGAUGCAGAACAUGUCAAAGGAGCGGCUGACCUUUCCAGUCAUAAUGGCUACCCUCUGCAACAUGUGAGUAAAAACUUGAGGAGGGGCAGAAGCUCUUCAAGAGACAGGGAAAGGACCAACAUGGAUUACAAUAAUAACACAGUUUUUCCCCAGGCUCACUCAAUGAAGAUGCAUAUUGAUCUGAAAAAUGAUCAAAUCAUGGUGCCUGAUGAUCAGAAAAAUGAUCCUUCAGAGCAUCUAAGCAAAUAUAAUAAUUUGCUAAAACUUGGGAGGCUACAUGAAUGUGUAGAAGUGCUUAAACAUAUGGAAACAAAGGGUUUAUUAGACAUGACUAAGGUUUAUCAUGCCAAGUUUUUUAACACCUGCAAGAAACGAAAGGCCGUUAAAGAAGCUUUUGAUUUCAUUAAGCUCAUUCCAAAUCCAACGCUGAGUACAUUUAACAUGCUUAUGUCGGUGUGCGCAAGCUCCCAAGAUUCAGAAAGGGCUUUCCAUGUUUUGCAGCUUCUUAAGAAUGCUCAACUAGAACCUGAUUGCAAACUUUAUACCACUCUGAUAUUAACUUGUGCAAAGAGUGGGAAAGUUGAUCUAAUGUUUGAAGUCUUUCACAAGAUGGUUAAUUCUGGAGUGGAACCUAACGUUCAUACCUAUGGGGCACUUAUUGAUGGCUGCGCUAGAGCUGGGCAAAUAGCCAAAGCAUUUGGUGCUUAUGGAAUACUGAGGUCAAAGAAUGUGAAGCCAGAUCGUGUAGUAUUCAAUGCACUCAUAGCUGCUUGUGCCCAAUCAGGAGCUGUAGAUCGUGCUUUUGAUGUUUUAGCAGAAAUGGCAGCUGAAACGCAGCCCAUUGACCCUGAUCACGUAACAAUAGGUGCAUUGUUGAAGGCAUGCACUAAAGCUGGUCAGGUUGAUCGUGCAAAAGAAGUGUACAAGAUGGUACAAAAAUACAACAUAAAGGGAUGCCCCGAAGUUUACACCAUUGCCGUUAAUUCGUGCAGCGAAACAGGGGAUUGGGAGUUUGCUAUUGCUGUAUACAAUGACAUGACCCAGAAAGGGAUCCUCCCAGACGAGAUAUUUCUGAGUGCACUGAUAAAUGUUGCUGGUAAUGCUAAAAAUCUGGAUGCUGCCUUUGAUGUUCUACAAGAAGCCCGUGAAGGAGGAAUACGAAUUGGAAUAACAUCAUAUAGCUCAUUGAUGGGUGCAUGUAGUAAUGCAAGAAAUUGGCAGAAAGCAUUGGAGCUAUAUGAAUAUCUUAAGUCUCUUAAAUUGACAAUAACAGUUUCAACAAUUAAUGCUUUGCUCACUGCACUGUGUGAUGGAGAUCAAUUUCAAAAGGCUUUGGAAGUUUUUUUUGAAAUGAAAGGAUUAGGAUUGUGCCCAAACAGUAUCACAUUCUCGAUACUUAUAGUGGCAAGUGAGAAAAAGGAUGAUAUGGAGGCAGCUCAAAUGCUUCUUUCUGAAGCCAAAAAAGAUGGUGUAGUCACUAAUCUCAUAAUUUGUCGAUGCAUAAUUGGAAUGUGCCUGCGGAGAUUUGAGAAGGCUUGCAUUGUUGGUGAGCCUGUUUUAUCUUUUCACUCAGAACGGCCACAAGUUGAUAAUAAAUGGACAUCGCUGGCCUUAAUGGUGUUUCGUGAAACAAUUAAAGCUGGUCAAAAACCUACAAGUGAAAUAUUGUCACAAAUUCUGGGAUGCCUGCAACUUCCUUAUGAUACAUCUCUGAAAAAUAGACUUGUCGAGAACCUAGGAGUUAGUGCAGAUACUUCAAGAGGAUCAAACCUCUGUUCAUUAAUUGAUGGAUUUGGUGAAUACGAUCCUCGUGCUUUCUCUAUACUUGAGGAAUCUGCUUCAUAUGGAGUUGUUCCAUUUGUAUCAUUUAAAACGAGUCCCAUUGUUAUUGAUGCUAAAGAAUUACAUGCUUCUACUGCUGAGGUGUACCUCAUAACAGUUUUGAAAGGUCUCAAGCAUAGACUGGCAGCAGGUGCAAGAGUGCCAAACAUAAUCAUUUUAUUGCCUGUAGAGAAAACAGAAGUUGUGUCUCAGAAGGGGGAGAAGAUUAUUAACCUUGCUGGAAGAGCUGGCCAAGCAAUUGGAGCGUUAUUGAGGAGGCUUCAGAUUCCUCAUCAGGGUAAUGAAUCGAAUGGUAAGCUUAGAAUUCAUGGUGCGGCUCUGAAAAAAUGGUUUCAGCCCAAACUUACAUCUCCAUUUAGCGGAAAACCAGGUGAUUGGAAUUCCUCCAUGUCACGACUGGGUAAAGGUAUUAGUCAUCAGCAACGAAACAUCCGACUUGGCAAUCUGUCUUUGGACUAAGACAAGCAUCUGCUUUUUGCUUUCUUUCCUGCCCCCUCUUCACCAAACCAUCUUAUUGUUUUUUCAAUAUUUAAGUUGAAAGCUCCUUCAUCCUAAUGGUAUAAUAUAAGAGUGAUUUAGACCCAAGAAUGCAGAUGAUGCCUUCUUGAGUGCUGAGGCCAUUGAAUGGUAGGAGCAGGGAAAGUGUAGGACAUCUCAACAACUUCAUUCUGGUGACCAAGGUCGUACCCGCGAUAGAAUAUAAAUGGCAGUUCUUCACCUGCAGCUAUGUCAUGGCCUUUGCAACGCGGAUUAUAUAUAUGUAUGAUGAUAGAGAUGCAGAUGUUUCAUGUAUGUAUGUAUCUAUGUAUCCGUUUUUGCUACAUGUAUUCUUUUUGUCUAGAACUCUCCAGAUGUAAACUAUAGAAUAGGCAAAUUUAAACAACAAUAAAGACGAUUUUGAUGUUUAUAAGUUCUUCCGUUAUUUUCAAUCAUUCUAAUGAGAUUACUGAUUUGGUCCCUCA